AGCCAACUCAAAGUCUGUCUGGUGACUUUAAUUAGCCACUCGGCUUACAAAGACCCUACACUAAUCCCACGUAUCAAUUCCAACCUAUUGCCAAUUUACAUCUCUCAAUCAAUCAAACCAUCCAUUUAACAUUCUAACUUUUAAUACAUAAAAUCAAUAACAAGAAACAAGAAACAAGCUCUCUUCAUGCUGCGUUACCAUUACGUUCUCUUUCAUCCCCAAAUUCCUUCACUGCAAAACAUCUCGUAUUAAUCUUUGUUUAGCCUAUAAUAUUGUAUCUGGGUUUUCGUUUUGUUUCUUUUCUUUUCUUUUGUUUUAUUUGAUUUUUUCUUUUUUAUAAUUCAAAGCGUGUUCGACGAAAAAAGUUAUAGCCAGAGAGAUGAAGUUUUGGAGAUGAAGAGAGAUAGAGAGGCAGAAGAUGAUGGAAAGGGUACCUGGGGCAAUGGGGACAAGUGCCAGCUUGGCUCUGAGAUUGGGCCAGACCAUUUUCUCUACUGCUUCACUUCUCUUCAUGUGUUUAGGCAUUGACUUCUACAGUUAUACUGCUUUCUGCUACUUGGUGACAGUCAUGGGUCUAGUAAUUCCAUGGAGCAUUACUCUGGUGCUAGUAGAUGUGUAUUGUGUCUUUGUUAAAUGUUUACCCCACCAACCAAAAAUUCUAUCAGCCAUCAUAAUUGGAGAUUGGGUUCUAUCAUUUCUAUCAUUAGCAGCAGCAAGCUCAACAGCAAGUGUUACAGAUAUUCUAAUUGACGUUGGAGCUGCAUAUUGCCCUGCAAAAUUGUGUAGCAGAUAUCAAUUGUCUGCAGCAAUGGCUUUCUUAUCUUGGUUUCUCUCCUUUGCUUCAUCUCUAUUCAAUCUUUGGCUUCUUCCUUCCCUGUAAACUUCUGUGAACUGACACACAGAAUUAUCAUUUGGGCAAAGACAAAGUCGUGUUGCUCAAGCUCUGAAGCUUGUACAGUACUGAUACUGUUGAAACUAAUUAAUACCAAUCUUGAAAAUUCUACAA